AUGAACUCGUCCAGCAGCGACUCGGACUCUCCCACACGACGCCGUAGCGAUCCACGACCAGCAUACAAACGCAAGAUGUCGACUCCAUUGGCUCCUCCCUUUAUGGUCUCUGCGCCUGGAAAGGUCAUUGUCUAUGGCGAACAUGCUGUCGUCCACGGAAAGGCUGCUAUGGCUGCUGCCAUCUCACUCCGCUCCUACAUGCUCGUCACAACACUCUCCAAGUCGCGCCGUACCAUAACCUUGCGCUUCCGCGACAUCGACCUCGAUCACACAUGGGACAUUGACACUCUCCCUUGGGAUGCCUUCUCUCACCCCGAUCGCAAGAAGCGCUACUACGACCUUGUCACUCAACUCGAUCCUGUUCUUGUGGACGCCAUGAAACCGCACAUCCUCAACGUCUCUCCUCACAUCCCGCUUCAAGAGCAAAAGAUCCACCAGGCCGCAGCAUCCUCCUUCCUCUACCUUUUCCUUUCUCUAGGCAACAAGUCUUCGCCUGCCACCAUUUAUACUUUACGUUCUACGAUACCCAUCGGCGCCGGCCUCGGUUCCAGCGCCAGCAUUUCUGUUUGCAUAGCUACCGCUCUUUUAAUCCAGGCCCGCGCCCUUUCUGGCCCUCACCCUGAUCAGAUGCCCGAAGAGGCUGAGAAGCAACUCGAGCGAAUCAACCAAUGGUCGUUUGUCGGCGAGAUGCUCAUUCAUGGCAACCCUUCAGGAGUCGACAAUACCGUUGCGUCGGGCGGCAAGGCUGUCCUGUUCAAGCGCGCAGACUAUGCGAAGCCUCCGCUAGUCUUACCAUUGCGAAACUUCCCAGAGCUUCCGCUACUUCUUGUGGACACGAAACAAGCAAAGAGUACUGCUGCAGAGGUCGCAAAGGUGGCACGACUGAAGAAGACGCAACCCAAGAUCGCAAACCAUAUCCUGGAUGCUAUAGACAACGUCACCGAAUCCGCGCACGCCUUGAUUACCAGCCCCGACUUUGACCCCAAGGACCCCUCAGCACUUACUCAACUAGGCGAAUUGGUCUCAAUCAACCAUGGUCUUUUGGUCAGUCUUGGAGUCUCACAUCCUAAACUCGAGCGUUUGCGCCAGCUAGUAGACAACGCAGGAGCUGGAUGGACUAAACUCACUGGUGCAGGUGGAGGUGGCUGUGCCUUCACCCUUCUCAAGCCGGAUUUGCCUUCGGUUGGCGAAGAGAUGCCAGUAGCCGAAACAGUAAACUCACAAGCUGAAACGCUAGCAAGACUGGAAAAGGAGCUUGAGAAGGAAGGCUUUGAGAAGUACGAGACGACACUCGGCGGUGAUGGUGUUGGUGUUUUAUGGCCUGCCGUGCUUGACAAUGGAAGCGACGAACUCGGAGGCGAGGAAAUCGACUCGGACAAAUUCGAAGCAGUCGAAGGCAGAGAAGGCGUCGAGAAACUGGUCGGAGUCACGGGCGGAGUUCACGGAGGCGUACGAGAGGGUUGGAAGUUCUGGAGGAUAUGA